AUGGACUUCGUGUUUGGUCUUCCGCGCGAUUCCAGGCGGAAGACUGGUAUUGUGGUCUUUGUGGACCGCUUCAGCAAGAUGGUGCAUCUCGCUGCUGUCGCUGCUGAGGUGACCUCCAUACAGACGGCACGUCUGUUCGUAGACAUGGUGUUCAAACACCAUGGCAUGCCCUCCGACUUUGUGUCGGAUCGAGACCCGCGCUUCACGGCACGCUUCUGGCAAGAAGUGUUCACACUUCUUGGAACACGGUUCUCUAUGUCGACUGCGGAUCAUCCGCAGACGGACGGGCAAACCGAGCGCGUGAACCGCGUGCUCGUGGACUUGCUGAAAAGCUACGCCCAAUCGUUCCACAACUGGAGAGACUACUUGCCGAUGGUCGAGUUCGCCAUCAACAACGCGAAGACAGCUGAUACGGACCUAUCAGCUGCGAUGACACGUGCGAGAGCAAGGCCCGCAUACGACAAGGCGACGUGCCAGUGCCGGGCACUGCCACUGAAGAACCACGAGAAGGCGACACCUGCUUCGGCCAAGGACAACGUGUCUGUGCAGGGCACAGACAACGAGAAAACUCACGCACAGGCCGGGCCUGGCACAGACGCGGACAAGACCAAUGAGCUGGACCCGGGGUUCAGCUCUCAAGCAAUGGACUUUGUCCACGAACGACAAGCAGUCGUUCGCUUUGUACAAGAUGCAAUUGCAGCUUCUGCGGAUAGGCAGAAGCUGAACGCAGACAAUGUUGGCAGGGGGUAA